AUCAAUCAAAGUGAAUGAGCAGAUUAUUCUCAGUAAUAAGCGGAGCAGUGACUCUGUAUCACUUGUCAGCUCAAGAUGCUCAUCGUAAAAUUACUUCACUUAAUAGCAGCUUGUCUAUUUGCUGGUGUAAACGCUGGCUACCUCUACCCCAGAGAGUCGGAGUUCCGGGAGAUGAAGUCAUUAGAUGGCUUUUGGGAUUUUUACAUUCCCCCAAAAUUCCUACAAAACAGCUUCUGUCAUGAGCAAGAAGAUUUGCCCCAUUUUGGACUGAAAUCCGGCUACGGUAGAUUGCUGAGGAUGCCAGUGCCCGCCAGCUUCAAUGACAUCACUGUCGACGUUGACUUGCGCGACUACGUUGGCAUCGUGUGGUAUGAGCGCUCGUUUUUUGUGCCUUCGAGCUGGAAAAAUCAGCGCGUCUUCAUCCGCUUUGCCAGCGUGCACUACAUGUCUUCCGUGUGGGUAAACGGAAAAUUUGCAGUGGGUCAUGAGGGCGGACACUUGCCCUUUGAGGCUGACAUAAGUUCGAUGCUCAAUUUUGGCAAGAGCAAUCGAGUCACUGUCUCUGUCAGCAACGUGCUGUCCAACGUGACUGUACCCCAGGGACAUCUGCUGGAACUUAAUACCAGCACUGAGCCCAGGAUAGUGCAGAUGUACUCGUUCGAUUUCUUCAAUUACGCUGGCAUUCACCGGCCAGUGGUUCUCUACGCCGUGCCCACCACCCACAUCUCAGACAUCAACAUCACAUCCUCGGUUUCCGCUCAAAAUGAUGUCUACAAUGCGUCGUUGAGCUAUGCUGUGAACGUUGAUGGCGACGCCUUCGAUGUUGAAUGCAGAAUCAACCUGAUCGACGGUUACGGUGUCGUCAGGGUGUCCCAGCACGAGGGGUGCCAAGGAGUUAUUUUCGUUUCUAAAGCAAUACUGUGGUGGCCGAUUUUCAUGAGCCCAUCACCGGGUCAUCAAUACAGUUUUGAGGUCAAGCUUAUAAAUACCGAAGGAGUCGUUGUCGAUAUAUAUAGGCUGCCCAUCGGGAUUAGAGAAGUUAAGAUGCGGGGGAAUUCUAUCCUCAUGAAUGGGCAACCUGUAUACAUCCGUGGCGUUGGAAAACACGAGGAUGCCGACAUUAGAGGAAGAGGUUUCGACCUGCCGAUAAUGGCACGCGACGUCGAGUUGAUGAAGUGGAUGGGCGUAAAUUGUUACCGAACGUCUCACUACCCUUACUCGGAGGAGAGCAUGCAAUUGGCCGAUAGGGAAGGCUUCAUGGUCAUUGACGAGGCUCCUGCCGUCAAUAUCGAAUAUUUUUCGGAGGAAUUGAAACUGAAACACGAGCGUGUACUGGCUGAACUGAUCCGUCGGGACAAGAAUUACGCCUCAGUUACUAUGUGGUCCAUUUCCAACGAGCCCAGAACGCAGUUUAACCAAUCUGAAUCUUAUUUCAGAUAUUUGCGAGAUUCCGUGCGAGCAAUGGAUCCGACAAGACCCAUUACCAUCGUUAUUUUCAAGUCGGUCGAAUUGGAGUUUUCAGGCCACUUGUGCGACGUUUUGUGUCUAAACCGCUACAAUGGGUGGUACUUGAACGAGGGCCACUUGGACGCCAUCACCCCAGCAGUAAUCGAUGAGGUGCGUGCUUGGUACAAGAAAUACGGAAAACCAGUCAUCAUGGCUGAAUCCGGGGGCGACACAAUGAUUGGCUUGCACAGACUUCCCUCAUUCAUCUGGUCCGAGGAGUAUCAGGAGGACCUACUGUCUGAGCACUUCAGGGCGUUCGACGUUUUACGCAGCGAGGGAAUUUUCAUCGGCGAAAUGAUCUGGAACUUUGCCGACUUCAUGACAUCUCAAAAAUACAUUCGGGUCGGAGGAAACAGGAAAGGAGUCUUCACAAGAGACCGGCAGCCCAAGGCUGGGGCAUUUGUUCUGCGCCAGAGGUAUUUGGAGCUUGCCCACGAGCUGGACCACGCAUCUUUGCCCACCAAACGCUACGUUAGUACGCUGGUGCACUCGCCUAUAAACAUUGCUGACUGUCCGAAAUAACUACAGCAAAUUUUUAUCUU